GUCCCCUGCAAUGGCAAGUGGAUUCUUAACCACUGUGCCACCAGGGAAGUCCCAGGAAAAGGGUUUUGUUCCUAGGGUAAACCCUAUGAAGAGUACAACAAUGGAGUACUUGAGUGGUAAGGAGGGGCAUUCUAUCCAGGCAGAGAGAGAUCAUGAAGGAAAGUUUUGGGACAGAAAUACACAAGUUACUAGGAUGAAUUGAAUAGUAGCUACUAUGUGCAAGGUAAUUCCCAUAUAUUAUCCCCUAAUACUAUAUAAAGUAAGUACUAUUGUCCUCACUAUACAGAUGAAGAAAUUAAAGCUGAGAGAUGUUUAGUGACUUGCCCAAGGCCACUCAGCUAGUAGAUGACUUACCUAAGACUGAAAUCCCCAGAUUCAUUCCACUCCAAGGUUAUUCCCUCUCCACUAGGCUUCAGGUAGCUUCUGAAGCAUAUAAUGAUUAGGCCAUUAUGGCCCCAGAUGAAGAGUAAUGUUGAUGAAAGGUGGGUGAUGUUUGGUAAGGUAGAGUGGAGCCAAGUGUGAAGGUCCUUGAAUGACAGGUAAAAAGGUUUGGCAUUUCAGAAAGGUUUGAAGAUCCAUAGAGUGUUCUUGAGUAGGAGCAAUGGAUAAAUAAUUGUUCUGUGAAAAUUAAUCUGAUGGGGGGUUUAAAAGAGAUGGAUUAUGGGGUGGAUAGGGGUGAAGCAUUUGACUUAGGAAAGAGGUCAUUUAGAAGCCAGGAUAAUCAACUAGAUAUGAGAUGACAGGGACUUGAAUAAAGUGUGGGAGGAAUAGCAAUGGAAAGAAAGGAGUGGAUUUGUAAGACAAGGGAGAUUAUAGGAAUCGGUGACUGAUUAGAUGGGAAGGAGAGGAAAGUCACCAACCUAGUUCCUCUCUUUUAGGGGCCCUGAAGUUCGUUCAUCUGUAUGGUUUCCAGCCAGAGAAAAGGCCAAAGAGAAACCCCUUCUGAAAGAAGAAACAACACAUUUAGAAAAAACUGAAUAAAAUUAUAGCAUUACUUUAAAAGAAAAGUCGGGGGGUGGAAUUCCCUGGCGGUCCAGUGGUUACUCAGUGCCUUCACUGCCGGGGCCAGGUUCAAUUCCUGGUCGGGGAACUAAGUUCCCACAAGCCAUGCGACGCAGCCCAAAACAAACAAACAAAAAAGGAACAUCCUUGACCUGCACAGAAAAUUAUCUAGAGUCUGAGGCUCAACCUCACCCUGACCCACCCAGAUGUGUGACCCUCCAAGGCCCGUGCUCUUUCCACGUGGGGCCCAACUGUGGAAGCCACUUAAGCUCCUAUUACACCUGGUCUGCCAAACCCAGCGGGAUUCUCCAUGUUGGUCACGAACCUGGGCCUGGAGACUAGAAAACAGGACAAUGUUGGACUGAUGUCAACCUGUUUCCAUUAACUCCUUCCCUGAGCUCUCCUCAGCUUUUGUUGAGGGACAGAGCAUAAGGCAAUUUGAUCAAGACCCAGAGGACUGGGUCAAGCGGGGCUGAAACCAUGAGGGAAGCUUGAUCACCUGCAGAGAUCAGGAGGUUGGCAACAUGCUCAAUGCAGCAUGCAAGUUGACCAUGGCAUCAGAAGCAGAAAGAACAUUCCAGCGGUUUGCUGUCUUUGGAGGAUCGUCAAGCAGUGGCACUGAAAUGAACAACAAGAACUUCUCCAAGCUGUGCAAAGACUGUGGCAUCAUGGAUGACAAGAAGGUCACCUCCACUGACGUGGACAUCGUGUUCAGCAAAGUCAAGGCCAAGAAUGCCCGAACCAUCACUUUCCAACAGUUCCAGGAAGCAAUGAAAGAACUGGGCCAGAAGCAGUUCAAGGGGAAAAGCCCGGAUGAAGCCCUGGAGAACAUUUAUAAACUCAUGGAGGGCAAGGAGCCAGCUACCGCCGGUGUUACUAAAGCAGUGACGGUGGGAGGGGUGAGCCACCUGACGGACACCAGCAAGUACACGGGCACCCACAAGGAGCGCUUUGACCAGAGCGGCAAGGGCAAAGGCAUCGCGGGACGGGAGGACGUGACUGACAACUCAGGCUACGUGAGUGGCUACAAGGGUGCUGGCACCUAUGAUAAGAAGGGCAGCAACUAGGGAGUAGCGUCAUCUUAGCCUGCCGGCCCUCGACCCUGCAUCUUUAACACCGGGAAGCUUGGGGGACAAUAAACAUCUGUGUGUGCAGCA